AUGAAAUCCCUCACAAGAAAUACCAUGCCUUCCGUCUCUCUAUGGAAUCGCCGAUGGAUCUGCUUGCGCUGGCUGGGAUAUCUUACCUGCCUAAUUACCGUCAUCCAGACUAGCUCAUUCCUCUUUGGGUACCCGGAGACAAAUCUUGUCCAGAUUGUCUAUGCUUCAUUCCAUCGCCCUGGGAUCCUUCGGCCUGGUCAAUAUCCUGGGAUUGUUGGUGUGGGGGACAAGGUAGCAGACGAAGGCUCAUCUGAGCCAGAUGUGUUGAGCAUGACACAUGAUCGGAGAGACAAGCGAUUUUAUCUAGGCGGGACCCUAACCCUAACCAGUAUCGAAUCUGUCAAUGCCUCGCACCCAGUCCCACUUAUCUAUGACCCAUACCCAGCAUACAACAGCCGAGAAUGGAAGAAGCAGUUCCAUGGAAAGUUUCGGUCCUGUCUUGGCCCCAGGGGUCGUUAUCUCGACCGCAGGUCUGCAGAAGAUAUGAUCCAAGUCUACAAGGGCCAACAAAUCGAGUUCCCAGCACCACUUUUCGGAUCGUACGAGGCAUUGGAGCUGGAUGGGAACGUUUGCACGGACCGAUACUCUCGCUUCGGGGCAUAUGGAUACGAUGACCAUGGCGAGGAUGAGGUACCGGGCUUCACGCGCCCUCCCGCACUGCCGUGGUGCGAGGUCGAUUGGCACAGGCUGCAAAACCUCUGUCUUGAAAGAAACGCAGAUAGAUACGAGUCGACCGAGACCGCCAACUCCUCAACCCAGAGUCCCUUGGCCUUCGAUCUUCCACAAGCUCCUCCCAAAUCAUGGGAGUCACCUGUGAGUGCGUCGGGUGUGAAGCAGCUCCAACCUCGCUCGGCAGUGCUAAUUCGGGCUUGGAAUGGGCUCGACUGGAAGCCUCACCAUCGUGAAUACGUUCGGGCUUUGAUUAUGGAGCUUUCCUUGCAUUCUGGUGGAGAAUAUCAGAUCUAUAUCCUGUGUCAUGUCAAGGAUAACGAGAUGCCCAUAUUUUCUGAUAUUAAUACCAUCAACCGGCUCAGGAAUUCCAUCCCCAAAGAAUUUCGGAAUAUGGCUCUGUUCUUCAAUAACAAACUAUUGGAAGCUUGGUAUCCCAAGAUAGAAGAGCACAGUCCCCAACUUCAACACCACCAACCGCUGCAAAUAUUCUCCAAGCUCUAUCCCCACUUCGACUAUUAUUGGCAGCUAGAAAUGGAUGGUCGACACACAGGACACAUCUACCACUUCCUAGACCGAGCAAUCUCAUUCGCGCGCCAACAACCGCGCAAAUACCUCUGGGAACGCAACGCCUACUUCUACACCCCCGGUGCACACGGCGACUGGAGUCAAUUCAAGCAAAUGGUGCACGAAAGCUUAUCCGACAAGUCCAACCGCACAAUCUGGGGCCCAGUAUCCCGCACAGGGAUCCGGCCCCUGGGCCCGGAGCCGCCAGUGCCAUAUCCAGACCAAGACAACUACACCUGGGGCGUGGGCGAAGAAGCCGACUUCAUAACGUUUCUUCCAAUCUUCAACCCACAAGACACGCAAUGGACGUUCCCGGACAAAGUCUGGAACUUCAGAUACGGCGAGGGCACGCCGCGCCGCGCCGCAGUCAUCACAAUGGGCCGAUAUUCCAAGCGUCUGCUGGAUCUGAUCCAUCACGCGCAGGCGACAAAGGGCCUCGGUCUUGCGUCUGAGAUGACGGGUGCAUCAUGGGCUCUGUUUCAUGGCCUCAAAGCUGUGCAUGUUCCCCAUCCUAUCUAUGCGGAUGGCCAGUGGACGCCGAGGGAACUGGCGCGCAUUUACAACCCAGGUCCGCCGGAGAAUAUUAACGGGGGUCCUGAUAGCAUCUGGAAUUUUGAUCAUCUCUUUGAUCAUAUCAUGUACCGGCUCUCGUAUAUGUUUACGACGCAUAGCGCGGAGGACUUGUACAGACGUUGGUUGGGGUUCAGGACUGCGGAGAACGAGGGUGGGAAAACGAUAUCUGAGGAUCGUUAUGGUCGGCAUUGCUUCCCAUCUAUGUUUCUUCAUACAAUCAAGAACAUAGCGCAAGGAAUGGGCCUAGAUAGGGCUGUUCCCUGA